UAACCCUAUUACCUCUUGUGGCACAAGUUAGUUGCAGAAAUUUUAGCCACUGAAAAGCUCUUCCAUUCAUUCAUAUAUGGGGCUGUUUUGGCAGCAAGUGCGUGGAUUUCUGCAAAUCCCUUUCAAAUGAAUGGAUCCGAUAUUCAGUCUCGCAAAUGUCUGCGACCAAAUCCGCUGCGCGUGAAGGCGUCCUCGUGACUCAUGAUAUCGUGCUGUCUUUAUUUUACAGGCAGUGAUCUGGCUUUAGGAAUCAGGUGGGGCGACUGCUAGGGACACACCUGAUCGGACCGGUUUAGUGACAUUACAGCAAAAGUAAAUGAAAGUGAAAACAAGAAUAGAUCCAGAUCAUCUCCCGGGUUGUCACUUGGAUCUUGCAAGUAAAGUUCACCAGAGCUAUGAAGUGGCUACAAGAUUUAUACCAAAUCUUUGCUGUCGUCUCUUUAAUAGAUGCCAGUUUCUGGCCGUCAUGUGAUCGCCUGGCUUGUUAUACGAGUGGAGUGCCCGCGAGCUGUGAGUGCUGUCCUACAGAGGGCGUCAUCAACGUCACAGGUCUGCAGUAUGACCUGGACACCGUCAAAGUAAUGCAGAAUGAAGAACGUCUCAAACCCCUCGUCCUCUCCUUUCACGGGCUGACCGGCAGCGGCAAGACUUACGUCAGUCAGAUUCUGGCCAAACACUUUAAUCCAAGGGGCGCCAAGAGCAACUUUGUGCAUAACAUCGUGGCACCGGCUGUUUUUCCUCAUAAAAGUCAAGUGGAAACAUACAAGGACCAGUUGCAUGCAUGGAUCCAAGGGAACGUGUCACGUUGUGACCGCUCCAUCUUCAUAUUUGAUGACGCUGACAAAAUGCACCCAGAACUCUUACACUCCCUGAUGCCUUAUCUAGAUUAUCAUGACGAUAUUGGUGGUGUGUCUUACAGAAGGAGCGUUUUCAUCUUUGUGAGUAAUACUGGAGCAGACGUUAUCUCUGAUUUGACUUUGGAGUAUCGGAGGCAAGGAAAGAAAAGGGAGGAGAUCAAACUCUGCGACAUAGAAAAUGAAUUAUCUUCACAUUUGCUGAAAUCGAUGAAAAGUGAAUUUUAUAAAUGCGACCUUAUUAAAAGAAAAGUUAUUGACGUCAUUGUGCCCUUCCUGCCUUUGGAACUGGAGCAUGUGGAGAUGUGUGUGAGGGCAGAACUGAAGCGAAGAGGAAGAACAAUAGAUGAAGAGGUUGUUUCUAGAAUUGCCAAGGGCAUGCGAUAUUACCCCAAGGGGGAGAACAUUUUUUCUGACAAUGGCUGCAAAAAUGUGCAUAUACGAGUGACUAUUGAAUGAACUAGAGACAUUUAUUCCACUCUUCUGCCCCAAAAUGCAUUAUUUUUUGACUUUUCAAUAAAGAUAUCCUUCUAUUUGACCA